AUGGUGGUAUUUCGGUCACUGUAUUUCGGUGGAAAGCGAACUGGCCCCAAACAUUCUACUCGCGGUUGCUUCUGUCGUGCACACAGUGCUCGGAGUCAAACUGGACGGGAGAAUCAGAUUGUGGGUGUUAUUUGUGUCGCUCUGGCCGGACGAGGAUACCAUGAGACGUAUCUACAAUACCUCAUCACAAUCUCGGCCGGUUUUGCAAUCGGGAAUAUUGUAUUCUUGCUCAUGUACGGUUUCGCGUCAUGCAGACCGGGUGAGGGACGUUCUGCCACGAAAUUGAUAGAAACAAUUUAUCAGCUGACCGCUAGUAUACUAUAUCUUGCAGCAGUCGGGGCAACGACAGUUCAAGUGGACUAUCUGAAACCGUUUAUGGGCCCGGUUACGGUAUUUACAACUUUCAAUUUUGGAAUCUACACAUUCGGCGGAUUGGUUGCUUUGACGGAGCUAGUUUGCGAGGACCCAACAAAACCACCGGCUGUCGCGAACCCAAUCACGGUGGAUGCUGCCAAAACCAGUGGUCUCUGA